AUGGUUGAAGUGGGUGCCUCGACACCGAGCUGUAACGAUGCCACGCAUAGUGGUUCGACAGAACUGAGGAAGAGAAAGGAGACAACACCAGCUAAGAAGGAUGACGAGAUUGCUGAGAUAGACUGGGAUCUGCAUGUUCCCCUGACCGAGAUCCGUCUCAAGUCGCAUGAGUGGUUUGGCGAGUUCAUCACGAAGCAUGAGGUGCCCCGCAAAGUGUUGCAUUCCUCGAUCGGGUUUAUCACCCUGUAUUUCUACACUCAGAACGUCGACUACAAGAAGGUGAAGUGGCCAUUAGUAUACGGGUUUGUUACGCUGUUCAUCCUGGAUCUCAUCAGAUUGAGGUGGAAACUUUUCAACAGGGCCUACUGUCGCACAGUCGGGGCGCUGAUGAGACGCAAGGAGAUCCACACGUACAACGGUGUUCUCUGGUACCUGCUGGGCCUGAUCUUUGCAUUCAGCCUGUUCCCCAAGGACGUCGCGUUGAUCGCACUGUUCCUGCUGAGUUGGUCCGACACUGCGGCGUCGACGAUCGGAAGGAAAUACGGCCACCUGACGCCCAAGGUGGCCCGCAACAAGUCCCUGGCAGGCUCCCUGGCCGCGUUUUGUGUCGGCGUCACUACAUGUUUUAUGUUCUACGGCUACUUUGUCCCACACUACGCCAGUUUCAACAGCCCCGGUGAGAUUUCCUGGACCCCCGAAACCAGCAGACUGAGCCUUGCAACCGUAUCGUGGCUGGGAGGGUUUGUCGCCGCUCUAAGCGAAGGCAUCGAUCUUUUCAACUGGGAUGACAAUUUCACCAUCCCAGUUCUAUCAUCCAUCUUCCUACACGGUGUGAUACGUGUUUUCAAGAAAUGA